GCUAACUGUUACCACGUUACCACCAUAUACUAACCGUUUGUCGUGGAAUAAGGGUCGGCGAAAAGAAAUGAACGUAAACAUAUAUUUUAAAUUAAUUUAUUAUUUAAUAAGUGAGACCUAUUAACUUAGAAUAAAAGAUGGAUAAGACAGUAGAUUCUAUUAGACCCUCUAGCAAUCCAAUUCCACAGGAAGAUAUGUCGUAUCUAUUUGGAAGAGAUCCAAGUAUAUUAGCUUAUAAUCAUCGACCAUGUAUUUCACAGCAAACGAGGAAAAAUUUACUUUCUGUCUAUGAUGUCGAAGAAUCGUGUUUUAUAGAAGACACCACUUCAUUAAAUUCAGACUCGCAAACAUUUCAAACCGUUAAAGUAUAUUUACGAAUGAAACCGUUCCCAAGAAAGUUAAAAUUAACUCAAGAACAACAGGAUGCGUAUAACAUUAUCAAUUCGACUACAUUGUUCACAAGGCUGCCUACUUUAGAUACCAAUACUAGUUGCCUUAAAAGAUCUAACAGCAUGGAUAUUAUAUGCAGGAGGUUUACGUUUACUAAAACUUUUGGUCCAGAGACUACUCAAUUAGAAUUAUUCGAACAAGCUGUGAAGCAACAAAUGAUGGACUUUUUGACCGGGCAAAAUUCUACUAUCAUGACUUAUGGCACCACAAAUUCAGGGAAGUCUUACACAUUACAAGGAACCACCACAUCCCCUGGAAUUAUACCGAGAUGUUUAGAGUUUGUCUUCUCUAAUAUUACGACAAAAUCCACUCCCUCUUACAAACCAGUAAAUCAUUGCGACGUCGUUAGCGUGGAUCCUCUUGAACGUGCUCAAGAAUUAGAAAUAAAAACCAAGUUAUUGACAUUUGCUUCUGUGGAUAAAUAUCAAUAUAUUAACGCAUACAAAGAAAUGCAGAAGUUAUUGCAGGAAGAAGUCCCGAUCAGGCCCAGCCAAUGUAUAGACGCGCAUUAUUCUGUUUGGGUUUCCUUUGCUGAAAUUUAUAAUGAAACUGUUUAUGACCUCUUAUCAAAUGAGAGUAAAAAUCGAAGAACACCUCUUAAAGUAGUAACUGAUGCAAACGGGAGGGCAUUUAUUAAAGGCCUCAAGACAAUUUGUGUUAAUUCUGGGUCCGAAGCUUAUCAAGUUUUAAUGGCUGGACAGUACAAUUUGAAGGUAGCUGCGACUGCUUUAAACGCAAGAAGUUCGAGAUCUCACUGUAUAUUUACUAUCAAACUUUUGAAGUAUUACAUCGAAAACGACCCUAAUUCUGUAGAAGUUAGCACUUUCACUUUCUGCGAUCUGGCUGGUUCAGAACGUUUAAAGAAGACGUUAAAUAUCGGUGACAGGCUGAAGGAAGCGCAAAAUAUUAACACGAGCCUAAUGGUACUAGGAAGAUGUUUGAAGACGAUUCACGACGGACAGAUAUCGAAGCAGAAAAUCGAACAAGUCGGUCCGUUCAGAGAAUCUAAAUUAACGAGGCUAUUCCAGAAAGCGCUAUCCGGUAAAGAGCAUAUAGCUUUGAUUGUAAACAUCAAUCCUGUACCGAACUUGUACAUAGAAACGCAGAGUGUAUUAAACUUCUCCGCUAUUGCAAAGAAAAUAGUUAUAGAGCAAAAGGAAAAGGUGAAGAAAAAAUCGAAGACGAGAUUUACAGAAAUAGUUCGACAAAGUGUGAAAACAGUGACUGAUUGGGACGCUACGGAAUUAGGAAGCGAAGAUUGGCAGGACGUUGACGACAAUAGUCUGUCCAGUUAUGUUCAUGCCGAAGAACACAGAGAGUUGAUGUGCGAGAAUGAGAGAUUGAAAAAAGAAAUCGCUGCUUUGAAAAAUUCUGCGUUUAGUCGUGAUCUUCAGAUACGACAAGAAGUAGCCGAUACUUACACUACUAUGAUGAAGAAGCUCGAAGUUGACUGGAAGAAUCGUAUAAAGGACGUGGAAAAGGAACAAGAAGAUAUACUUGCAUGGUCUCUGAAAAAAGUUGAGGACUUCUACAAGCAAAAAUUGAACGAACACGAUGGUCGUAAGAGAAGACGAUCGUCCGUCGAUGCAGACGAUGACAAUGAGAAAAUUAUUGAAGAGCUAGAAAAAAGAAAUUCGCGUUUAGAAACGCAAGUCGUGGAACUAAGAAGUAGUAUUAAGGAACUUAAAAAUUCGAAUAAAUCCGUAAUGGUGGACAAGAAUAAAGUAAUUUUUGAACUGAGCAUGGUAAAGGAUGAUUUAAAGAAUGUGAAGAGUUUGUUGGAUGCUGCUCAGCAUGUCAUUUCUUCCGAUGAAGAUACUAAGUAUUAUAUAGAAGAAUUAGAGACUCAGCUAGUCGCUAAACAGGAACAAGUCAAGAAACUUAAAAUAUUCUUGAACGAAGCCAAGGAAGAGUACAUUUCGAUCACUACCGAGAUGAUGGAAAAAACACACAUAAUCAAAGAACAAGAAGAAGAACUAUUUGAAAAACAAGAAACUAUAGAUGAUUUAGAAGCAGACCUCGGAAAUAUUAAUAUUUGCUUGACAGAAAAAUCUAAGACUGUCGAGAUAUUAGAAGAAAAAUUGGAAAAUCAAAGCAAGAAAAUAGUGGAGAAAGAUAACGAGCUAUGCAAUAUGCAAGAAUAUAUAAAUAAAUUAGAAAGUGAAAAAUGUUUGUUGUUAGAUGAAGUCCAAUUAUUGAAGAAAACAGCUUCGAUCGAGAGUAGUAUAAAAAAUGUAGAAUGCGAAAAGGAUCUGUUUGAAGAAUCCGAUGAUGCUGUGAAAAAUGAAGGCCUUGAUAAAGUUGUUCUACCGCUGGAAACCCAACCUGUUGCCAAGGAAGAAAUAUUAGAAAAUGAGAAGCUUGAACCCCAAAUGAAAGAAAAAAUAAUGUCUGUGGAGGCUGAGAAUUCUGCAUUAAAAGAGAAAUUAACUCAAAGUUCAACCGAAAUACAAAGUUUGAAAGAAGAGUUGGAAUCUGCUAAACUUAAAUUAAAGGAUAUAGCCGAUCAAAUAUGCACUUUGAAAAUUAUUAAUGUAAAGCCUACAGUUGAAAACGAUGUACACGAUAAAAGUAGUCAAACUAAUACCCAACCUGAAAAAGAGCAGGCAGAUGACACUGAAAAUGACGCGCAUCAUAAAAGUAGUCAAACCAUCGAAAGUAUGACAAAGGAAGAGAUUAGUCAAACAAGUUUUGUCGGAGAAAUUGAAGAUUAUGACGCUAUUUUGGAUCAAUUAGCAAAACUAACGGUAAAACACGACGACAUCAAAUUACGAUACCAAGAAAAGUGUUCGAUACUAGAAGAGGUAGAAGAAGAAGUAUCGUCCUUGAAACAAAGAAUAGAAAGUCUUUUGGAAGAAAGUAAUACGAAUGAAGUUGUUCUAACAAAAUAUAAACAGUCUAUCGAGUCGCUCCAAAAUGAAAUCUCUGUUAUUAAAGAAGGCAAAAAACAUGUUGAAGAGGCAUUGCAGCAUAGUGAUGAUCUUAAGAAUACCUUAGAGUCAAAAAUUACCAACUAUGAACAGCAACUUAAUGAUGCUGAAAAGGAACUUUCAGUUACUAAGAAAGACUACGAUCAAUGUAUGGAGAAAUUGAAUACUUUGCAAAGAGACUUUGAUUCCCAUGUCUCAAAGUGCAAAAACGAACACGAACCAACGAUAAAUAAUUUACAGAAAGAACUUGAUGUCGCAAAAGAGAAGUUUGACAUCAAAUCGCAGUGUUUAGAUGUCCACGUCACGAAACUCAGAGAAUUAGAACACGACCAUGAAAAUAUAACAGAGCUGGAAAAACAAAUUGGAGAGUUAAACAGACAAUUAGAAGUAUGUCGAGGAGAAAAGGAACGUCUACAGAAGUUAUUGGACCAGAAUAACGACAAGCGUCUAGAACUCGAAGAUCAGUUAGAGCAUGCGGAGGAACUACAACACGAGAAAGAUAUUGAAAUAUCUUCGCUUCAAAGUGAAAUAAAGCAUCUGAUACAGAAGACCGACAAUGACGACCAGAACGAUAAAUUGAUGGAAAAGGGGAUGAAGGAUACGAUUAAGCAAUUAACAGAAACAAAAGAAAUGCUUUCGGAAAAGGACGAAUAUAUCAAGACUUUAAAACAGCAUGUACAAAGUUUAGAACAAAACGCCAUGGUCCUCAAUGUUCUCCAACAAAGCAACCAAGAAAGACAGGCAGAAAACGAUAGGUUAAGAAGUCUAAACGAGGAACUGAAAAACAGUCUCACCGAGAAAGAACGUGAAAUGGAGGCAUUUAUGAAGCACAGGGACGAGAUGGUCGCAAUGUAUGAAAACUUAGUAAAACGUCAACAAGAAGACAUCGCCAAACAGAAAACAAUGGUAACAGAAAACGAAGCUAAAAAGAAAGAAUAUUGUGAAAACACGUCAGAAGACGAAGUAGUGCCAAAGUCACGUCGACUAAGAAGGCCGCCAAAAAGAUACGUGAUGUCACCGUCGGAUAACGAAGUAUCAGUAAUUGAUCUUUCCAAGUCCGAAACGAAACGAAACACAAAACAUGGUGCGUUACAAUCUUCUUCGGGUUCGCAUUCGGAGAAAAAGAAAAAUGCUCGUAAGAAGAAAUUGUAUAUACCAGAGCAAGAGUCUGCUCAAGAUAUCGAGCCCCUCGAGAGUACCAUAGAAAUCACGCCGUCACCAAUGCCUUCAGUUCGUAGUUUGCGAACCAGACGAAAAUAAUGAUGUGUAUAUAGAAUAUCUCAACCUACAAUAACUUGUGAAUCAAGAGUCGCCAGUACCGAGAAGAAGACAUUAAAGACUAACAGAGUCGAUAGAGGUACUCGCAUACUGGCAAACUAACUUAACAGUUCAGUUAGGUCAAAAAGUUGUGCUCGCUUUCAUACUGAACUAUGUGAACUGUGUCUAACGUAACUGUUGCAUUGGGUUUCCUUAAUCUAUCGUUUCUAUAAAGAACGUUAUAAAGGGAGUAACGUUUCCUGUGAUAUUUCUGGACCAACCUAUUGUACUCUUUACGCCAUAGAAUUAGUUUUAUUUUUAUAACCUAGAAUUGUACAAUAACAUUCACCCUUUGCGGUCUAGGUUCUCUGAUUCCAGUAUACUUUUGCCAAACCUCGAGAUAGGACUGCAAAGGCUCAACGAUAAAACGUAUUUUAUGUACCUUUUAAUUAUACUUUAUAUUAAAGCCGCGUAUUUUUUAAAA